CCAAACGCUUAUUGCUUGGUCUUGCAGUCAAAACCACCAUAUGCUUUAACACAAACACACACAACCAUUCUCACAUUUCAUUUCCAGCAAGAAAAACCAAACCAAUCCAAUUCUCUCUUUUUCUUUUUCAUUCUGUGUCCUCUUUUUCCUUUUUUCUCUUUUCCUCAAUACCAAUCCAUCAUAAAUACUCCUCAUAACCAACCCAACUGCCUCCUCUGCUCCCAAAUUUGGUGUUUUUCUCUCUCUCUUUUUUCUCUUUGUUGUCCGGUCGAAUAUGUCGAGGAAAGCUAGUAAGAGGGUGAGUUUCAGUCCUGAUGUGAACGAGAAGCCGAUUCUGUAUCUGAAACAGAGUGGUGGCAAUGGCACCAGAGUAAGUGGAAGCAGGAACAGGGUCACUGGAAUUUGGGCUUUCAGGCAGCUCAAAGAUACAACAGAACUCCCUGCACCCAUCAAAUUACUACGCACACUCAGGGCUAAGGUGGCCAGAGCUGUGUGUAUUAUAUCUGCAAGAAGUAGGACUUCAAGGAAGGUGUCUUCCUCCAACCACUUGACAAGGUCACGCUCUGUAUCUGAUCCCAUCGAGUCUCAUCGAGCCGAAGCUUUAGAGGACUGCAUCGAGUUCUUGAACUCUGCUGCUUCUUUGCAGAGGAGCAAUUCUGUUACUUCAAAUUCUUGUUAAUUAGAGAUUUGUAGAAUAUAUUACAUUAAUGUUCAUACAAAAGGAAAAAGAAGAAGAAAAAAAGAGAGCUUAGUUUAUGGUUGUUGUUUGCAUGAAAAAUUUA